AUGCUAAAAAAGCUUCGAAUCAUUUGGCCAUCUGAGUCGGUUCGACUGAUUCAUUGUAAAGAACCGGCUCAAAAGAACAAUUCAGUCCCGAGUGCGGUGUGUUCCCUCAGCAUGUCUGUGGUCCGAGCCGGUUUGUACAGGGUUUUUCACUGUAGCCCGAGGCUCAGGAUGACCCUGCUGAAUGGACUGGAGGUUUCUGCCAGGAACUGUUCAAACUCUGCUGACAACCGGAGAGAUCUGAGAUGGGAUCUGAGCCCAGAGCAGAUCAGGCACAGGACAGACAGGCUGAUCCAGCAGAUAAAGCAAGCCUACGACUCUGUUGGGGCUGUGGACAUUGGGAAGGUGUGCAUCGAAAACACGUUGCAGAUUUUGGCAGAUGCUAAACUGGAUUAUGCUGCUUCUCGACAUGUGCUGGAUUUCCCUCAGUAUGUGUCCCCUUGCAAAGAGGUGCGAUCUGCAAGCACUGAGGCUGACAAGCGUCUCUCUGAGUUUGACGUGGAGAUGAGUAUGAGAGUGGACGUGUUCCAGAGGCUUAUAGCCCUGAAGGAAAGACAGUCCAGUGCUUUAUUACCUGAGUCGAAGAGGUUAAUAGAGAGAUUAAUCAGUGUCGGGAAACGGAACGGACUGCAUCUGUCUUCACAAAUACAAGAUGAGAUCAAAAAACUCUCCAAGCAAAUUAGUGAACUUUCCAUUGAUUUCAACCAGAACAUGAACGAAGAAAAUACUGUUCUGAUAUUCUCUCCAGAGGAGUUAGGUGGUCUUGCGGAGAGCUAUACAAAUGGUCUGGAAAGGACAGAGGAUGGAUGCUACAAAGUUACCCUGGCAUAUCCCCACUAUUUCCCUCUGAUGAAGAGAUGUCAUGUUCCAGAGACCAGAAGAAAGAUGGAGACCACCUUCCACAGCAGGUGUAAAGAGGUGAACACAGAAAUACUUGAAAGGCUAAUUGAGUUGCGGGCGAAGGUGGCUAAGCUUCUCGGCUUUAGCAGCCACGCUGACUUUGUGCUGGAGAUAAAUAUGGCCAAGAACUCCAAAAAUGUAGCUCAGUUCCUUGAUGAGUUCUAUAAGAAGUUGAAGCCAGUGGGUGUGAAGGAGAGGCAGUACCUGUUGUCCCUCAAGCAGGCUGAGUGUCAGAAGCGAGGGCUGGGCUUUGAUGGUCAGCUGCACGCGUGGGACAUGCCCUAUUAUAUGAACCAGGUGGAGCAGGUGAAGUUUGCAGUGGAUAAGGACAAGCUCCUGGAGUACUUCCCUCUGGAGGUGGUGAUCCAGGGUCUGCUGGGAAUCUACCAGGACCUUCUUGGGCUCCGCUUCAAGCAGGUCCAAAAUCCACAUGUAUGGCACGAGAGCGUGAAGCUCUAUACUGUCCUCGACUCUACAACAGGGGAGGAAAUAGGACAGUUUUAUCUGGACUUACAUCCCAGGGAAGGAAAGUAUGGCCAUGCUGCAUGCUUUGGACUCCAGCCAGGCUGUUUUGGGCCUGAUGGGACACGUCGGAUCCCAGUUGCGGCCAUGGUGGCCAACUUCACCAAACCAACACGCACCUGGCCCUCUCUACUGCAGCACCAUGAGGUGGAGACCUUCUUCCAUGAAUUUGGCCACGUCAUGCAUGAAUUGUGCUCCAAGACUCGCUAUGCAGAGUUCAGCGGCACUCUGGUGGAGAUGGAUUUUGUGGAGGUACCGUCUCAGAUGCUAGAGAACUGGGUGUGGGAGAAAGAGCCUCUCAGGAAGAUGUCCCGCCAUUACAAGGACGGCAGUCCCAUCCCCGAUGACCUGCUGAACAAACUUAUCGCGUCCAAAGUGGCCAACACCGGUCUGAUGAACCUCAGGCAGAUUGUUCUCAGUAAAGUGGACCAAGUGCUCCACACGAAGGCCUCUGCUGACACUGCGGCUGAGUUUGCCAAGCUCUGCAAGGAAAUCCUAGGCAUCCCGGCCACACCAGGGACAAACAUGAUGGCUAGUUUUAGUCAUCUGGCCGGAGGAUAUGAUGGUCAGUACUACAGCUACCUUUGGAGUGAAGUCUACUCAAUGGACAUCUUCUUUAGCCGCUUCAAGAAGGAAGGAAUCAUGAACCCGAAGGUGGGUAAGGAGUACAGAAGGGUGAUUCUGGAGGCUGGGGGCUCAGUGGAUGGGAUGGAGAUGCUGAAAACAUUUUUGGGCCGUGAGCCACGCCAGGAAGCUUUCUUUCGGUCUAAAGGACUGGACCUCAUUGAAAAUGGAUACAAUUAUUGACUUAUAUAACCAUAUUACUGUAUUAUUGAGAAUGUGUUGUGUGCUAUUGCACUCAAAAUAUACCACAGUCUGUUGCAUACUCUUCCAGUGACUUUUAUUUUAAAGUCAUAUUUAUGCACUUUGGUGUAAAUCCCUGAUCCCUGUUCUAUUAGUCAAAAUAUAAAGAUUUUUUACAUCAUA